AUGGGGAAGAGUUUUAUCAAGUCCAAGACAGCGAUCUCUACUGCAGGAAGUGCCCUGCAGAGUGGCACCUAUGUUGCAGAGCACUGCAAAGAACAGAAUGGCUCCAGCAAGUGUUUGCCCUGUAAGAAGGACGAGUACAUUGAAUACCCAAACGACUUCACCAAGUGCCUCGGCUGCCAGACGUGUCGGGAAGAUCAGGUUGAGCUGAGUCCCUGCCGCAACACCAGCAAUACCCAGUGCGUCUGCAGGAACGGCACCUUCUGCUCCCCUGACCACCCCUGUGAGAUGUGCCAGAAGUGCCGGCCCCGGUGUCCCGAGGGAGAAGUGGAGCUGGCUCCCUGCACUCCGCACAGCGACCGCCGCUGUGGUCCUGCCACCACCACCUCUGGCUUAGCUGGACACUGGAUUGCGUUGAUCAUACUGGGGCCACUUGCAGUGGUCCUUGGGGUCUUUGUCCUGUGGAAAUGCUACUGCCACCAUUCCUCAGGAGAUGGGAAGAACCUGAGUAGCAAGUCCUGCAGCGCGAUGGACUACCUGAGGCAGCAGCUGAGGAAGCUCCAGCGGGGAGGCCGGGGGACCCAGGACAACAUCCGCAACGAGCAGCUCCUCAGGGCAUCAAGUCCAGUGAUUCCCAAUGCUCCAGGACCUGAGCCCAAUCCCAUCCUUCUUACAACCUCCUUUGAGGGAGUUGUAGAGAGUGAGAAGGUCUCCCCUCAGCCUCCUUCUCUCCAGGCCAAGAGAGGAAGCUCUCUAGCUCUGUUCUCUGAGCUUUUCCCUUUCCCCCCUCCAGAUUUGCGACGUUCUUUUGACAUCUUUGCCCAACAAGUGCCUGUAAAAGACUGGAAGAGGUUUGGCCGAGCCCUUGAUCUGCUGGAGAAUGACAUUGCCCUUGCAGAGACAAAUGACAAGGCUUCUCUGGAGCCCUUCUUCCAGAUGCUCAACACCUGGCUUAACAGACAAGGGAUCAAUGCCUCUGUGAACAUGCUGCUGGCUGCCCUGCACGACAUCAAUCUUGGAGGGAUUGCAGAGGACAUCUCCUUCAAGCUGGUCCAGCAGGGGUAUUUCCAAUAUGAAGUCAGCUGA